UAAUGCCCUUAACUAAUAUGAAUAUUACCAAUUCAAUUUCAUUUCCUCUUCCCCUUUCUCUUUCAUCUGAUGCGCGUUCCUCUUUUUUCUUCUCCCAGCCAAAGCAAAACCACCGAACAACAUCCACCACCACACCACUGCUGGCGAGCCGCGACCACUCUUCUCCUUCUCCAUCCAUCACCGCCGCACCCCCCUCAAUCUUCUGUAUUGAUUCUUUAGUUUAGAGAGCUAUCUCCAUCCAUCUCUCUCCACAAACCCUAAUUGUUGUAACUUGUAAGGUCUGGCUCCGCUACUGAGUGUAGGUGCACUUUAUUUCAGUCUUGAGUAGUAAGAUCAGGGGAGUGUCUUCUUAUAUCAAUUAAUUAUGAGAGAAAUCAGUAAAGGAAGAAGCACCAGAGACCUUGAAAGCUAUGCGGUCUGCUUCAAUAGAGACUGCUAAGGGUCCACCAUCACCCAUUCAAGCCACUCAGAAUUAAGGAUAAUGGUAUAUGGAUGUGGAUGUAACUGGGGAAUGGAUAUUUAAAAUCCAAACUCACUGCAUCAAAUCAAGUUACAUUUUGAAAUUUUGAAAUAGAUUGGUUAUAUGGACAAUCCAACCUUGAGCAACCCUAAUUAAGACUUUGUCCAACUUUAUUCCCACAAAAAUACAAAAUUCUCAAUUCAUUCAUAAACAAAAUAACCGCACUUCAAUUACCCAAAUGACAAUUCAAGUUCAAGUAGCCAAACUCCUACACCAACCUCUAAAACCAAAUCCAAAAAAAAUUCAUGUAACCCUCUUCUUCUCCACUUCUUCAUCUGAACAAGAAACUCUCAUAACCACCGCUGUCUCCAUCCUCACAAACCACCGUUCGAAAUCCCGUUGGAACACACUCCACACCCUCUACCCAAACACCCUCCCCUCCACCGAUUUCUCCCAAAUUACACUCCACCUCAAAAACAAACCCCACCUCGCUCUUCACUUCUAUCAAUGGACACAAUCCAAAUCCCUCUGUCACCACAACCUCUCCUCUUACUCCACCAUCAUCCACAUCCUCGCACGUGCCCGUCUCCACUCACACGCUUACAACACCAUCAAAACCGCCCUUAUCAAUGACGAUUCAUCUUCCACGCCUUUGAAGUUAUUCGAGAUUCUUGUUAAUUCUUAUCGUGAUUGUGGGUCUGCUCCGUUUGUGUUUGAUUUAUUGAUCGAAGUGUGUUUGGAGUCUAGAAAAAUUGAAUCUUCAAUUGAGAUUAGUAGAAUGUUGUUAUCUCGUGGGAUUAGUCCUAAAGUUGCUACAUUGAAUAAUUUGAUUUCUAGGGUUUGUAGAAAAUUUGGGGUGGAUGUUGGGUUUGAGAUUUAUCGUGAGUUUUUUCGGUUGGAUAAGGAAAAAGAUGAAAUUUCGAAAAGGGGUUAUGGGUUUAGAGGUUUUAGAGUUGUUAAACCUAAUGUACAUAGUUUUAAUACAUUAAUGUUAUGUUGUUAUCAAAGUGGCUUGGUUGAGAAAGUUGAGGAAAUUUGGAAUGAAAUGAGUGAAAUGGGUUGUGAUCCUAAUGCUUACAGUUAUAGUUUACUGAUUGCUGCGUUUUGUGAUGGAGGGAGAAUGGAAGAUUGUGAGAAGAUGUGGGAAGAAAUGAGGAAGAAAGAAAUUGAGGCUGAUGUGGUUAGUUAUAAUACUAUAAUUGGUGGGUUUUGUAAGAUUGGUGAUGUUGGAAGAGCUGAAGAGUUUUAUAGAGAAAUGGGAUUGGUUGGUAUUGAUGCAACUGUUUCAACUUAUGAGCAUCUUGUUAAGGGGUAUUGUGGUAUUGAGGAUGUUGAAUCAGCUGUUCUUGUUUACAAGGAUAUGCUUAGGAAGGAUUUCAGACCUGAUGCGUCGACGCUUGAUAUGGUGGUUAGGUUACUUUGUAAUAAGGGUAGGGUUGAGGAAGCUAUGAAGUUUUUGAGGAGUGGAGUUGGUAAGUUUGAUUUGGUUCCAAAGGAGAAGAGCUAUGAGGCCUUGAUUAAGGGGUUUUGUUUUGAGGGGAGGAUGGAUGAGGCAUUGAAGCUUCAGGCAGAGAUGAUAGGAAAAGGGUUUCAAUUGAAUUCGGAAAUAUAUGAAGUUUUUAUUGAUGGGUAUGUUAGACAAGGGAGUGAGGAAAUGGCAGAAGCUUUGAGGAAAGAAAUGCUGCAAACUCAGAUGCAUAGCUAAUACAAUGAUGAUUUCUUUUUGCCAUCUUAUGGUGAAAAUAAUUGAUAUUACUGAAAAUUCUGAAAACUAUAUACAUCUGUUUUUUUCCUCGGACUCCAUUCAGAAUAGCAGAUUGAACAUGAGUCUGGUAUGCUUUUUAUCAUACUCUGUUCUUGGUGUACUUGAUGCAGUUAAUUGCUUGUGCUAUAUAACAUUGCUGAAAAUGUGGUUUAAGUUGUUAUCACUGCAACUAUCUCAUGCUGGCAGCAGACUGAGUUCCAUGAAUUUUUAUGCAGAGUUCUGGUUGAAUUAUUAUUGGACCUGUUGAGAUUGUUUGCAACUAUCUCAUGGAGAAUUUAAAAGAUGAGGAAUAGGAAGUUGUGGUAAGGUGUGUAAGAAACUACAGACCAGAUUGUACAGUGUGCGAGAACCAGUAUAUGCAGUCUUGGCUGUAUGUAAAUUCUGUGCAGACAACUAAUGUGGUAGCACCAGAGCAGGUUCAGCAGCAAACUUCUGCUGCUGUCAUGGUUCCUUGGGAACCUCCAAGUUAAGGCUAUGUCAAAUGCAACAUGGAUGCGGCACUAUUUAAGGAAUAUAACUGUGUAGGGGCUGGUUUCCGCGUCUAAGAUGAGACUAUGCAGGCACAUUUGUAGUGACACAAUCAGACUGUUGUGAAGCGGACUUUGUCAGAUCCAAAGAAAUCAACCACCACAUCUCAGCUGUAACUUCUUCUUCCGAGAUCGAGGUGGCGGCUGAUUUAUCUUCAUCCAAGGCUGCUGCUGUGUUUCAGCUCAGUUCUGCUGAUUCUCAUUCUCAUCAUCAUCUGGUUAAGUGUCCCACCUCUACUAAUGUUGCGGCUAAGCGCCUGUGAAGCGUCCAAAAUUUGGAAUUAUCAAACUUCGUCUGGGGAACAAGAAGAUUAAGAAAAAGAAGACUUGAGUUAAACCUAGUUUAAUUUAUUACCAUAUAUUGUACUAAUUAUUAGUAUCUAGUACAUUUUAGUUUAGGAACUAGUAGUUGCUGCUACUUUUUCAACAAUUUUUUUUUGGUUACUACUUUUUCAACAAUUAUUAUUAUUGUUGUUGUUGUUAUCUUAGUUUAUCUUUUAAUUUUUAUUGCCAUCUUAUCUCUUGUAAGGUGAAAGAGCAUCUCUCCAGCCAUAGUCUUUUAUUGUUUGUUCCUAUGAUUGAGAAAACAAACGCUGUUUGGUGUGAAUCUAAUCCAUUAAGCAUAU